AGCAAAAUAUUUUCAAUACCUCAUGUAUAGUGACUUUGAGGAAGAUCCGAUAGAUACGCUUAAUUGGUCGGAUUUUCUUCCAUAUCAUCCAAUAUUUCAUACAAAUGAAGUAGAACAGUUGGAAAAUGGCUGUCAAGAUGAUAUUGACGAUGGAGAAUAUUUACCUGAAUGGAUUAAUAAUGUUAAAUAUGUAACUCUCGAUACACCUUAUAUAACAUAUAAUAUAAGAUCAAUUACUGUCAAUUUCAAAGAAAAAGGAACUUUAAUUGCUGUUGCCGGUGAUUAUGAAGUUUCUGUGGUAGUCAUGCCAAAAUCUACUUCUGUUUCAACAUGUGAGAGAA